AUGAAGAGUUUCAAAGACUACAAAAUGGACGACAAAUUAGCUAUGGAAAGCUCCAUUAUUCCCAGUCACGAACCAGCAGUUCUCGGCAUCACUAGCAAACUCAACGUCUACGAAAAAGCCAACCAAAUCUCGGCAUAUCUCACCUCAAAAGACGCCUGGUUAGGAGACUAUGAUUACUGGUACCUGGUUACACCGAAUGUGACACCUUUCAAUAGGAAGUAUAAAGAGAAAGCAGCUCCGUUCUAUGGCCUACACGAUCGGGUUCCAAUACUUUUGACCAUUAUUUUGGGCCUGCAGCACGCGUUGAUAAUGAUCGGGUCAAUUGUAUCACCCCCUCUCGCUAUCGCAUCUGGCGCCUUCCAUCUUGCUCCUGCACAGAUCUCAUAUCUUGUGUCAGCAGCCUUCAUUACCACUGGCAUUGCUACGGCCGUUCAAGUGACAAGACUUCAUAUUAGCGGCACGCCAUUCUACGUUGGCACGGGUCUCUUGUCGGUAGUCGGUCCCACCUUCGAUAUUAUUCCAAUCGCAUUUUCAUACACCAGAAUGCGCUACAACGACGGAACAUGUCCAACUGCCGAAGACGGAACACAACUCCCAUGCCCCGAAGCUUGGGGGGCGUUUCUAGGGACCAUGUUGUGUACUGUGUUUAUCCAGAUUGCCAUGUCCCUGGUGCCUCCUCGGCUUCUCAACAAGAUCUUUCCCAAGAUGAUUACCGGUACUCUCUUGGUACUCGUCGGGGUAUUCUUGGUGAGCAGCGGGAUGCAAAAUUGGGGUGGCUCUUUCAAUUGCAACGGCGGCGAGGGGUUCUAUGCUUUGUGUCCUGACGUUGCUGCCGCGAAACCGCUUCCUUGGGGAGAUCCGAAAUUGAUCGGACUUGGCUUCAGUGUUUUUUUCAGCAUUGUGGUGGUAGAACAAUUUGGAUCUCCCAUAAUGAAAUCUGCGUCCGUCUUGAUCGGACUCGCCGUGGGAUGUGCCAUAUCUGGAGCCACGGGCUAUUGGUCACGAGAAAACAUCGACUCGGCUCCCGUUGUCACCUUUCUCUGGGUACAGACAUUCAAAUUGUCCGUAGAUGGAGCCCUAGUUCUCCCAUUACUUAUUAUGUUCAUCUGCCAAGGAGUCAGCUGUAUGCCAGACAUUCUUGCAACCGCUGAGAUCUCCGGGGUUGAGGUUGAGGGAACCGAAUUUAACAGUCGAAUCCAAGGUGGAAUUCUUUGCGAUGGUUUGGGCAGUCUCUUCAGUGCCUUAGGUACUGCUGGACCUAUGGUAUCGCAGGCUGGUAACAACGGUGUUAUUGUCUUGACAGGUUGUGCGUCUCGUCGCGCUGGGUGGGCUGCAUCAGUCUUUUUGAUCCUCAUGGGAUUCUUCGCCAAAUUUGGUGCCGUAUUUUCCGCAAUGCCGCCCUCAGUCCUUGGUGGGAUGCAAGUUUUCCUCUACAGCACAAUUGUUGUUGCGGGAAUCCGGAUUCUUGGCAUGAUCCAAUUCACUCGGCGAAAUCGUUUUAUCUUAACCAUCGCAUUGGGUUUUGGUUUGAUGGAUAUUGUCUCCCCGACGUGGUUCAACCAGAUACUCGACUACAGUGGGCCGAAUGUACACCUCAAAGGCUUCGAACAGGGUCUUAACUUGAUUGUAGAGACACCUUUUAUCUUGGCCGCAGUGGUAGGAGUCUUCCUCAAUCUGGUCUUCCCGAACGAUAGAAGUGAGAUGGAUGAAAUGUUGUUCGGAGCGCACUCAGGGGGUGUUCCGACAUCUUUGCCUCAUGUGGAGACUCCUAGUCGCAACUAA